GAAGACUCUUCCAUUUUUCAGAAUCUGUAGAUCGUUCAGAAGAGAGGUUAGCAGCUAGUGAAUAACGAUGGGAAGAGCACUACUUUUUCAACUCGUUCGUUCUCAGGCGAAACAACUUCUCAAACCUACCCAUUUACACUCAGGCUUUCAUACUCGUAGUCUUGGAACAUGGACUGGUUCAUCUGUGGUGAAAACCAACUUUGAUUCUGCCCUGUUCCUGGGUUCACAGAAGAGAUGGGCUUCUUAUUCUCGAGCCAAAACUGCUGAAGACGAGGACAAGAUUAGCAUCGGACCACGUAAAAGUGUAGAAGCAGAUGGCAAAGAUUCUGGAAUUGUCUACGAAGGUCCAAUCUCAUCUACAAUCAAGAAAGUAAAGCUUCUUUCUUUGUCCACCUGCUGUCUAUCAGUCUCUCUAGGCCCUGUCAUUACCUUCAUGACUGCACAAGACAUGAACGUUAUAGUUAAGGGUGCUGUUGCAUCAUCUGUCAUAUUUUUUAGUGCUACCACCACCGGGAUUCUUCAUUGGUUUGUAAGCCCUUACAUUCACAAGCUAAGGUGGCAACCUGGUUCAGACAGCUUCGAGGUUGAUAUGAUGACUUGGUUGGCUACAUUUGUUACAAAGACGAUCAAGUUUUCUGAUAUCAAGCACGCAGAGACCAAUAGGCCAUUCGUGACGUUCAAGGCCAACGAUGAAUUCUACUUCGUUGACACAGAUCAUUGUCAUAAUAAGGCUCUAUUGGCGAAGUUAACACCACAAAAACAAGAAUCCGCUUUCAAGAAUUUGUGAUUGAAAAUGAAACGUCAGAGGAAAAGAGGUUCUGAGCACUUUGAGGUUAGUAUUACGUGAUUAAAAUAUACAAACUCUUGUUAGAUGGUAUUUUUUUGAGCUUGUGUUACAAUGUUCUCUUUAAGGCAGUGGGUUACAUCCCACACGGCAAUGCAACCAUCAUAUUUCUGCGGAUACAAUGUUUUAUAGGCCUGGGAGUUGGACUUACUGGAUUUUGGUCUUUUUGAUGAAAAUAAUUUAUUUGAAUCAGAGUCUCUGCCAUUGAUUUAUUAGUGUCAUAUUCAUAUCUAGAAAUGUUGGUUGAUG